CUUCUACGGUGAACUGGGUACUGACUAGUGACUACUGAUGCACAGAACGUCUGUUCUUCUAUUCACUGUAAAUUGUAAUUGUAGACUGAAGACUAGGGGUGUAGAAUAAAUAUAAUCAUAAUCAAAAGCGAGUUUUCUCGUUAAUUAAUUCUAUUUGUCGUGUUUAAAGUGAAAAAAAAGUCAUGUCUGUAAGUGCAUUGACGGUGGCCGGUUCUAGGACGUCUGGAACACCCAUCCGUACACAAAAUGUGAUGGCAGCAAAUGCUAUUGCAAACAUUGUUAAAAGCUCAUUGGGACCCGUUGGCCUGGAUAAAAUGUUGGUCGAUGACAUUGGAGAUGUCACAGUAACCAACGACGGUGCUACUAUUUUGAAGUUGUUGGAUGUCGAACAUCCAGCUGCUCGAGUCCUCGUUGAAUUGGCUCAAUUACAAGAUGAAGAAGUUGGUGAUGGCACAACAUCAGUUGUUAUAAUAGCAGCAGAAUUACUUAAAAAUGCAGAUGAGUUGGUUAAACAAAAAAUACAUCCAACGUCUAUCAUAAGCGGAUAUCGUUUGGCAUGCAAAGAAUCUUGUAAAUAUAUACAGAACAAUUUAACUGUAAAUGUUGAUGAUUUACGUCGUGAUUGGUUGGAAAAUGCUGCUACUACAUCUAUGUCUAGCAAAUUAAUCAUGGCUGAUUCAGAAUUCUUUUCAAAAAUGGUUGUAGAUGCUUGCAUGCUUGUGAAGCGACCAUCUGAUAAACGUGGUGGAGUAUCUGUUCCUAUUAAAACCAUCAAUGUACUUAAAGCUCAUGGUAAAAGUGCACGAGAAAGUUUACUUAUUCAAGGAUAUGCCCUAAAUUGUACCGUUGCUUCUGAGGCAAUGCAAAAAAAAAUCGUAAAUGCCAAAAUUGCUUGUUUAGAUUUUUCUCUCCAAAAAACAAAAAUGAAAUUAGGUGUACAGGUUUUGGUUAAUGACGUAGACCAGCUGGAAGCUAUCCGUCAACGUGAGUCUGAUAUAACAAAAGAACGUGUUCAAAAAAUUUUAGCAACUGGAGCCAAUGUUAUAUUAUGCACGGGCGGUAUUGAUGACAUUUGCCUGAAGUAUUUCAUUGAAGCAAAAGCUUUGGCUGUACGCCGUGUUAAAAAGGUUGAUUUGAAAAGAAUUGCCAAAGCCACAGGUGCAGCUUUUUUGACUUCUUUAACAAAUAUGGAAGGAGAAGAGACUUUCGAAAGUUCAAGUCUUGGUGAAGCUGCUGAAGUUGUUCAAGACCAAAUAUCUGAAGAUGAAUUAAUAAUUGUUAAAGGACCAAAAGCUCAAAGUGCUGCAUCAAUUAUACUACGUGGACCAAAUGAUUUCUAUUGUGAUGAAAUGGAACGUUCUAUUCAUGAUGCUCUGUGCGCAGUUCAGCGUGUACUUGAAUCUAGAUCGGCUGUAGCUGGUGGUGGAGCAGUUGAAGCUGCUUUAUCUAUUUAUUUGGAAAAUUUUGCUACAUCCUUGAGUUCACGAGAGCAACUGGCUAUUGCAGAAUUUGCACGCUCUCUGUUGGUUAUCCCUAAAACCUUGGCAAUAAACGCUGCACAAGAUGCCACAGAGUUGGUGGCUAAACUCAGAUCUUACCAUAAUGAAAGCCAAACAAGUAGUGAAAACGACGUUUAUAAAUGGUAUGGAUUAGAUUUGGAAGAAGGUGAAAUACGGGACAAUCUUAAAGCUGGUGUCCUGGAACCUGCUAUAUCCAAAAUUAAGUCAUUAAAAUUUGCAACAGAGGCUGCAAUAACUAUUCUUAGAAUAGAUGAUAUGAUCAAAUUAGAUCCUGAACAAAAGGCUGGACGUGGAUAUCAACAAGCAUAUGAUGCUGGAGAGCUUUAAUUAACUAAUAUUGUUCAUUAAAAAAU